GCUGGCGCGAAUGCAGAAGGAGAUCGAGGAUAAGACCAGCGCGGAGUACCAGAGGCAAACCUGGGAGGCCCUCAGAAAAAGUAUCAACGGCUUGGUGAACAAAGUCAACGUUGGCAAUAUCAAGAACAUAGUGGAGGAGCUGUUCCAGGAGAACCUGGUGCGAGGCCGCGGCCUGCUCGUGCGUGCGCUGAUCAGAGCGCAGAUGGCCUCGCCCGGCUUCACCCAUGUCUUUGCAGCGCUUCUGGCAGUGAUCAACUCCAAGCUGCCGGAGGUUGGCGAUCUGCUCAUUCGGCGAGUGAUUUUGCAGUUCCGUCGCGACUACAAGAGGAAUGACAAGAUCGUCACAACCGCUGCAAUCAAGUUCAUGGUUCACUUAGUGAACCAGAAGAUCUGCUCGGAGCUGCUGGCGUUGCAUGUGGCCACCUUGUUGCUGGAGCGCGUGACGGAGGACUCUAUCGAGGUUUGCGUCAGCUUCCUCCAGGAAGUGGGCCAGGCGCUGGAGGAUCUCUCGAAGUCCGGGUGCCAGGCCAUCUUCGAGCGGUUCCGCACGAUUCUGCACGAGGGUGAGAUUGACAAGAGGGUGCAGUACGUCAUCGAAGGGCUCUUCGAGACGCGAAGGAAGAAGUUCAGCGACCAUCCUAUGGUUCUCGAGGAGCUUGACCUGGUUGACGAUGAGGAUCAGAUUACGCACGAGGUGGACUUGCUCGAGGAGACCGUCAAAGGCGAAGAAACACUGAACAUCUUCAAAGCGAUACCGCCAGAGCAGUACGCUGCUGAUGAGGCCAAGUGGAAGCUGAUCUCCAGCGAGAUCUUGGGCUUGGAGCAGG